GGGACCGCCGGCAUCAUCGUCAUCGGCGACGAGAUUCUCAAGGGCUACACGCAGGAUACAAACUCCUUCUUCAUGUGCCGGCGGCUGCGUGCCCUUGGCGUGAGCGUGGCGCGGAUCUCGGUGGUGCCCGAUGACGUGGAGGCCAUCGCCAGCGAGGUGGCCGCCUUUGCUGCCCGCUUCACCUUCGUGCUGACUUCCGGGGGCAUCGGCCCCACGCACGACGAUGUGACCUUCGAGGCUGUGGCCAAGGCCUUUGGGGAAAAGGUCGUCCUCCAUCCCGAGCUGGUGGCCCUGGUGCACAAGUUCUUUGGCAAGGCGGAGGAGCACUGCCCUGAGAUGAAGCUGGCUCGCGUCCCCGAGUCCUCCCGCCUCAACUAUGGCACAGACGGGCGCACUGGCAGCACGUUCAAGUACCCGCUAGUCAGUGUGCGCAAUGUCUACAUUUUCCCUGGCAUCCCGGCACUGCUGGAGCGUGCCCUGGAUGGCCUUGCUCACCUCUUUCACAGCAAACAGACCCACUUCCACUCCCGCACCAUCUACGUGGCGUCCGAUGAGAUUCGCAUUGCACCCGUGCUGGAUUCGGCUGAUGCCACCUUCCGGGGCCGCGUCAGCUUGGGAUCCUACCCAGACUGGACCAGCAACUACUACCGGGUGAAGCUGACCCUGGACUCGGAGUCGGAGCAGGACCUGGAGGAAGCGUAUUGCUUCUUGAUGAGGGAGCUGCCACCGGGUGUUGCUGUGCCAUCGGUGACAGACUGUGUUUCUACAGCAGCUGUGGAGGUUUAUGGCCUGGCUGAGUCAGGCUCAUCCCUGGGGCAGAAGGUGGCAGCAGCCCUGCGAAUCAUCGAGGAGGCUUUGGACCAGUACAGCCUGGUCCAGCUCUGCGUGGGCUUCAACGGGGGCAAGGACUGCACAGCCCUGCUGCACCUCGUCCAUGCUGCUGUGCAGAGGCGGUUCCCAGCAAGGCAGGAGAGGCUGCAGGUGCUCUACAUUCGCAUUGUGUCCCCAUUCCCUGAAAUGGAGCAGUUCAUUCAGGCAACAGUCCAGAGGUACAGGGUGCAGCUCUGCACUGUGGAGGGCUCCAUCCGGGAGGCGCUGGCCCAGCUGAAGGAGCAGCAGCCACAGCUGGAGGCUGUCCUGAUGGGAACACGGCGGACGGACCCUUACUCACGCACCCUGACCCCCAUGUGUGCGACAGACCCUGGCUGGCCCCCGUACAUGCGCGUGAACCCCUUGCUGGAUUGGACCUACCGGGACAUCUGGGAGUUCCUGCGCAAGCUCUUUGUCCCCUACUGUAUCCUCUAUGACAAAGGCUACACGUCCCUGGGGAGCAUGACCAACACACAGAAGAACCCAGCACUACGCUACACUGAUGCUCAGGGCCGGGAGGGCUACCGGCCUGCCUAUGAGCUGGAAAAUGAGGAAGAGGAGCGCACCUCCCGCCAGUGAAGGGCCACGCUCUGGGAGGCUCCAUGGAAUGCUGCUGCGAGUGACAUUGAAUAAAGUUGCUGCCUGUCAGCACUAAAUAAACCUGCUGCAGUUUGCACUGCACUGGCACGUGGCUUUGUUGAGCCCUGAGGGCUCCAUGGGGCAGGAGUGGGAGGAACAAAAGGGUCCCCAGGUUGUGCCCCCUCCCUGCACCCACUAUUGGGGAAGUUUUGGAAAUGUGGAGAAUGUAGCAAGUUCCAGUGCUUGCCAGGGCAUGUCACCACUGCUGCCUCUCCCACAGUGUCAGAUCCUGCUGAUUCCUCAUGGGCCAUGCACCUCUUCUGGACCAUGGCAGCCUGUCUGCAGGGUGCUCCCCAGCAAGUGGCACGGGUACAGGCGCUGGCGCUGCCAGGACCCGCUGCCACCUCCCUGGGGCUGCGCCUCGGCUCCUGGCUGCUGCGGCUUCUGCGGGAAUGCAUCUACCUCCUUCUCUGCAGCUGGUGCAUCCGUGAGCUGCUGGACUAGGGGAGCCCCCCUCAGUGUCACAGGACCCUGUCAGCCCCUGCCUGCUCUGGUGCUGUGGGACUGUGCUUGUUACCCUGUGCUGAUGGAGUUGAUGGACCUCUGGCACUGAAAACUCUGCUCCAGCUUGCGCUCCCCCUGAUCAGAGACCCCAAUAAACCUGAGCAGUGCCUGACUGUCUGCAUCUGUUUGGGCAGAGCUCUGGGAAUGUGUCUGUCUGUGUGUGUCCCCAAACCUCCCAGUCCUAGCCCUGGGUAGCACUAAGGCACCCCAGUGCACCUCUUUCCCCUCUCCAGGACUGAGGGUCCCCACAUCCCUUGGGGCCAAGGGGCAGGAGUGGGGAGCUGGGGUUCUGCCUGCAUUUCCUGCCUGCUCCUCCACUCCUGGCCAUUUCCUGUUUCAGUUUGCGGGAAGCAGCUAAAGCAAAGUGUCUCCAAUGUGCCCAGCCUGGCUGGGAGCUGCGGUGCCCAAAAUGUGGUGCCCAAAUGUGGUGCCAUUUAAUAUGGCUAUC